CUGCACUGCCACGCGGAGUCACAUAAUAUUGCGGUGUUCAACACCGCGACCUGAACGCGCCAACAAAUUUUUUUCUUAGCCAAUUGCAGCCUAGGCCUAAGAUGGAAGAUGUCAUGGAUUCUUUCAUAGUGGCCCCGAAAAACAUACAGUCAUCUCCAGUGGCUGAUCUUGCACUGGAGAUGCGAUUUGAUCUUGAACCUCACCAAAAAGAUCUUGUAAAGAAACUCGUCCUUGAGGCGGAGCAGGACAUGGCCCACUUCGAGUACAACGUACGCUGUAUCCGUGAAAAUCUCGUCAAUUAUAUCACGCAGCACAAGGCUUUGCUCACUCCCGUCUCCCGUCUACCUGUCGACAUCUUAUCCAACAUAUUCAUCCUCCUCGCUUCGACUGCGAGGAACACCGUAUUCGAUCUGGAGAGUCCGCCUUGGGUGUUCACACAUGUAUGCAGACGAUGGAGGAAUCUAGCACGGUCCACACCAGAGCUAUGGAGCUAUGUGACAGUGAAGGAUCAGCAGAUUGGAUUAGCGGAUCCUUAUACUCUGUCAUCAGAUCGCAUGGCAGAAGAAUAUUUUCGGCUUUCAAAGGGUGCCCCACUUUACAUCGAACUGGGAUCGAGACGGAACGGCGAAUACUCAGACAGUGUUCUCACCGAUACCGCCCUUGAAUAUUUAGCUGCUCAUUCUAUGCGAUGGAAGACUUUCAAGGCCCGUCUCUCUCUGUCUGAUAUCGCGCAUUUGAGCAUCACUUUGCCAAUCCUCGAAAGCAUUGACCUCGUCAGUGAUUCUGAAUUUGAUGAUGAAUACCCAGAGAAGGUUAGAACAUUCCGCGACGCACCUAGGCUAGUAAAGGCCUCACUCUCCGAGCUUCCUCCCACGACUGUUGUCCAUCUGCCAAAGUCCUUGACCAGUAUCUCCUUCAAGGAUAUGCCCAUGAAUCAAAUCAUGUCUCAUCUCAGGGGGAUAACCCACUCUCUCGUUUCUUGUGAAAUACGAGAGCUUGACGGACCAGCACCUAGCAAACUCAUUUCCCUACGGCUUCCUCGUCUGCAGAGCCUGUGGAUAUCUUUCGCCCAUGACUUCUCCUUAGGCGCCAUGAAACAGCAUACCCGCAGGUUCAUAGGUUGUUUGACACUUCCUGCAUUGACGGAACUUCACGUCAGUGGCUCCGUCACGUUAGAUGUUCAAAUCUUUACGGACCUCAUUCGUCGCUCCAGUUGUAGCAUCCGCUCGUUGUUAUUUGAGUGUGGAGACAUGUUCAAACUUCUUCGGUAUUCCCCCAAUGUUACCCAUCUGUUGUUAACACAGAAAACUUUGGAGCGCGGAGGGUUGAAGCCGCUGGGGUACUCUUCAGGUGAUAAGAAGUUCAUCUUGCCGAAGCUGGAUACUUUGGAGAUCUACGCGACUGGUUUUACGGAAGCGAAGUUUAAAGGUGUCGUUCAAACUAUCAAAAGCCGUUUUGCUACAAAUCCUCAGUUACAGGUCUUUAUCCGCUUGGGUCAUCAGAGAACGCGAUCCUCAGAGACGGGCAUGAAGGAGCAGGAUAUGAAGAACCAGCUAAGGAAAGCAACAGGUAGAGGUCUGAGGACUCAAUUCAUCCUUCCAAGACCUGAACCCGAUGACGAGUCUGAUUGGGACUCGGAAUCGGAAGAUGAAUAUUACCUGUACGAAGAUUCCUCUUAAUAACAGAUGACACAAUUCUAGAC